AUGGAAUUAUAGAAGGAAGACAUACUAAAAUAUAUGAAAUUGGCUUUAGAAUAGGCAGAAUUAGGAAGAUAAAAUAAGGAGGUUCCUGUUGGUUGUGUGAUAAUAAAUAGGAAUGAUGGGAAAAUAAUUGAGAAAGCUUAUAAUAAUACAAAUAAAUCAAAAAAUGCAACAUAACAUUGUGAAAUAAUUUGUAUCAAUCGAAUGAAUAGAGAUUUGGAGGAUUGCAUAUUAUUUGUGACUUGUGAACCAUGUAUAAUGUGUGGAUAGGCUUUGAAUUAUAUAAAGAUUCAUAGUGUGUAUUAUGGAUGCAAUAAUUCACGAUUUGGAGGGAAUGGGACUGUGUUAUAGUUGAAUAAAUAUCCUAGUUUUGGGGGAUAUUUAGAAUAUGAUUGUAUGAAGAUUUUGUAGGAUUUUUAUGAGGAAGGGAAUGAGAAUAUUGAGGAGUAGUUUAGACAUAGAAAAAAAUAAAAAUAAUGAU